AUGGCUUCCGACCCCGGGAGAGAGUUUCUGUUCCUUAAUCAAUCUCUAUCUUCCAAACCCCGCUCGCAGAGGGAGAAAGAGCUCCAAGACGCCGAUCGUCGAGCCCACGCAGCUCGGAACUCUAGACUCAAGCGUCCCGUCCCGCAGACAGGCGACGGUGCUCCCUCCUCGAGAAGCCGCUCCUCGAAGAAACCUAGCCGUCGCCGAGUUGAAGCAGUUCAACAAGAUGACGAUGGUCUAGUGCCCCUAGUUGCCAAACAGAAUCUAGCUGUACGGCCCAAGACUCCAGAACCUCAACACACCGUCCUACCGCCGCCUUUCUCGUCAAAGUCCUUGACCUCCACAAUUCCCCUGGGGCAGGGCAAUCACGACCCCUUUGACACUGCUUCAAUCGGUGGCUUACCUCCUUUCAUCUACGAUAUCCUGGACCAUUCCUACCGCUUCGUCUGGCCUGCCGUGUUGAAUCAGGACCCGCAGACCGCUCAACAAUUCGCGGCCAUGAGACGGAGAAGCGCUCGGGAGAAUCCCUUUAUUCUUCACGCACAGAUUGCCAAUGCCGCGGGACACAAACUGCGGCUACUCCCGGCAGGUCACCAGUCUCGGUCACUGGUAACGCGAGCAAUAUCGUACCAUGAGCGGAAGGCUCUAGAAGCCGUUGCAGGCAUCCUACAGAAGGAUCCGUCGCCGCCCUGGGAGACUAUAGUUUUGGCCCUGCUUUUGGUGACAUGGCCCGCUGGGAUCCACGAGGACGCCCCGUCCAAGUAUCCUGUUUCGCCGAUGGCCACAGCCCAAAAUUUACACCUUUUCAAUAACAUGGAACUGACGCCCGGCCGAAUUCAACAGAUCCAGCGAUUAUAUCGUGUCCUCGAGCCUCUGGGUGGUCUGGAUGGACUCUCGACCCCUGAUCACUUGCAUGUGUUCAGUUUUGCGGACACGUUUGUCUCGUCUCGACUCGGCGUCCGCCCUCUCUGGCCGUGGCCCAAAAACCUGCACGACGCCUUCGAAGCAUUCAACAACCUUGUCCUUGAUCCUGAUGCCUUUCAACUGUCUCUGGUGAUGGGCCGGGGCUUCUCUUGUGUGAAAAAUGCUCAACUUUUACGACUUCUAAUGUUGGCCUGCAGAGCUACGCUGGCCGUCGAUCUGUAUCAGCGGAGGGUUCCCGCGGCACCCACGAUCCGGGAAAUAUGUACGGUCAGGAAUGCGGUGCAACACCAGCUUUGCUCGCUCGACCCGCCGCCUGAUCUGGUGCCUUCACAUGACGACUCGCUCUACAAUAUGGUCCGCCUUGCUACGCUGAUAUAUAGCGACUUGGUUCUUUUUCCGCUCGGCGAAUCCGUGAGCGUCAAGUCGCAACUUGCGUACGACCUGCGAAAAGCACUGGAGCUGCUCUUCACUGGGGUCCCGCUGAAAGCUCAGGCGGAAUGCGAGCUCACAAUCUGGUGCCUGACAAUGGGCACUAUGGCCUCCUCGGAGACGGUCCAUCGGGAAUGGUACGUCGAGCAGCUGGGACGAAGCUUGCGAGAGGACCGCCGCCUAUUGGACUGGAUUCUGUUCCAGACUCUGAUGUCGCAUUUCUUAUGGUGGGACCAUGUGCUCCAGCCGCGAUGCUGGGAUGGAUGGAACGAGGCGGCGCAAUCGAUUCAAGCGCACGCGUCAAGUUUUGUCACCACCGAGAACGAAGAUACCGUUGGUUGA